GCUGCGUCGCCAUCUCCGCUCAUACCAUUUUCGUGACCCUCCCACUUACCCCUCUCUCUCUCUCUCUCCAUCGCUCUCGUAAUUUCCAUUAAUUUUUCUAGUUUUUCCUUCUCCAUUAAUUCCAGCCACCCCUGCAUAAUCCGCCAUUUGCCACAGCAUAAAAGAGUUACUACCUUUUUUCUUCAUUUCGGAGCUUUCCGACGCUCCUCAGCCACAAAUUAUGCAUAUAUUUCCUGCUCAAAAGUCCUUCCAGGUUACCAUUUUAUGAAUGUUUUUCGGUUUCUAUUGUGGUUGUGAUUGGAUUAGGUAGGCGCGUAUUUAAGCAAUGGGUCACAUGCGGCACUGGGAUCAGUUGCGCUGGAUUUGUUGAGGUGAAUAUGUAAGCAACGUUGCAGAUGUAUACUUUAUUGAGUUUGCCUAAGUUCCGUAACCAUUCGGAAUAAGGAGUUCUAUAGGUAGCCUGGCAGUGGCUGAUGAUUGAUUCAUAACCAUGAGGUUUGAUGUUUAUAUGCGUUCAUGGACAGUACUACGGAGAAUAACAAAUUGUCUGAGAUUGUUGACGUAUUGAGAUCAUGGAUUCCAAUGAAGGGGGAAUCUGGAAAUAUAUCGAGAGAUUUCUGGAUGCCCGAUGAAAGCUGCAGGGUGUGCUACGAGUGUGAUUCUGCAUUUACUGUUUUCAAUCGCAAGCAUCACUGUCGGCUGUGUGGACGGGUUUUCUGUGGAAGGUGCACCUUAAACACUGUGCCCGCACUCCCUGAUGAGCCCAAGAGUGGGCGGGAAGAUAGGGAUAGGAUUAAAGUUUGUAAUUACUGCUUCAAGCAAUGGAAGCAACAGGUUGCUACUGGCAGUAACGUGGUGCAGUCGAGUCCUGGGCUCACUCCAUCUCCAUCAUCAUCGAGCUUGGUGAGCAGUCAAUCUAGUUGCUGCACCUGUAACAGUGGCAGUAGUGCUGGUUCUACUGAAUUCUCAACAGGGCCUUUUCAACAUGUUUCAUGCGCUGUUAGUCGAAGUCCUCAUUCUUCUGCAGGGAUGGAUUCAAAGUCACCAAAGCAAGACCAGGCAAGAAGCCCUGAAAAACUAGAUUAUAUUGAUUCUAUGGAUCCAUUUGGCCACCAGUUGGGAUCAUGCAGCAGGAGUGAUGAUGAGGAUGAUGACUACCCUAUUCAUGAACCACACUCCGAAAUAAAUAUAGUAAGCCCUGACAUGGGCUAUGGAACCAACAGCUACUGUCAGAUUGAUCAUAGCUAUGGGCCUUGCGAAGAAGAGUCGAAUGAGGAAAGUACUCACCCAGAUUAUAAUUCAGCUCUGGUGCCUGAGAAUUUAGAGACACAAGGAUCAUUGGACUAUAAAACAAGGACAGAAGCAGAUACACAAAAUAAUGAUGUCCAAUUUGGAUUAGCUCCUCCACAUGCGAUGGAUGAUGCAGAUGUUGAAGCUGUGGAUUAUGAGAAUAAUGGUCUUAUCUGGCUUCCUCCAGAGCCUGAAGAUGAAGAGGACGAGAGGGAAGUCUUUGUAUCUGAUGAUGACGAUGAUGAUCCUGGCGAGGAUGCCACAGGAGAAUGGGGUUACCUACGGUCAAGCAGCUUUGUAGUUGGGGAACUUCGAAAUAGGGAUAGAUCAAACGAGGAACACCGGAGAGCAAUGAAAAGAGUAGUUGAUGGGCAUUUCACAUCUCUUAUAUCCCAACUUUUGCAGGCUGAGAACUUUCCUGCUUCAGACUAUGAGAGUUGGUUGGACAUUAUUACACAUUUGUGCUGGGAAGCUGCUACUCUUCUAAAGCCAGAUACAAGUCGGGGUGGAGGAAUGGAUCCUGGAGGAUAUGUAAAAGUCAAGUGCAUAGCUUGUGGGAAUCGCAGUGAGAGUUCGGUGAUCAAAGGGAUUGUUUGCAAGAAAAAUGUGGCUCAUCGGAGGAUGAGUUCAAAAAUUGAUAAAGCACGACUUCUACUGCUUGGGGGUGCCCUGGAGUACCAGCGGGUUGCUAAUCACUUAUCAAGUUUUGAUACUUUACUGCAGCAGGAAAUGGACCAUUUGAAAAUGGCUGUAGCCAAAAUUGAUGCCCACCACCCAAACGUUCUUUUGGUAGAAAAAUCGGUAUCUAGAUAUGCACAAGAAUAUCUUCUUGCAAAGAACAUAUCCUUGGUUCUUAACAUCAAAAGACCACUUUUAGAGCGCAUAGCUCGCUGCAGUGGGGCACAGAUUGUUCCUUCAAUUGACAGUCUUUCUACCCCUAAACUUGGAUAUUGCGACUCAUUUCGUGUAGAGAAGUUUAUUGAGAAUCUUGGUUCUGCUGGGCAAGGUGGAAAAAAGUUAACAAAGACACUGAUGUUUUUUGAAGGUUGCCCACGCCCAUUGGGAUGCACUAUUCUGCUCAAGGGUGCUAGUGGGGAUGAACUAAAGAGGGUCAAACAUGUAGUUCAUUAUGGUGUAUUUGCUGCUUAUCAUUUAGCACUCGAGACCUCAUUUCUUGCUGAUGAAGGUGCUUCUCUGCCGGAACUCCCUUUGAAAUCUCCAAUAAAAGUGGCCCUGCCAGAUAAGCCCUCUAGCGUUGAUAGGUCCAUCUCUAUGAUUCCUGGCUAUAGUUCUCCUUACACUGAAAAACCUCAAGCACAACAGCAGCCCACUAAUGCAGUUCAAUCUAGAAAUGACCUGUCUCUGGACAGCAGACGGUCUCCAGUAGUUUCAGUGUCUGUAGCAGAGCCUAUUUUUUCUAAAGGUUCCACUGCUCAAAUUCCAAAUGCUGAAUCUAGAAUUAGAAAUGUGGAUAACAUCGCGUCUGGUGCUGACUUAUCAGGUUCUCAGUGGGAGCAGCUCUCUGAUAGUCCUUAUUCUAUGGAAGGAAAUAGUCUGGAUGAUGCUAAUGGAUACUUUGAUGCUAAACAAUUGACUAAUCUGGAGAGAAAUUAUACUUUAAACUCUGAACAUUUAUUUGAGGAUGAGGCUCUAGGACAGGGUUUUAAUUUUUCGCCGGGUGAUGCAAAUAGACUUCCUUUGAACAUGGGUCACAAAUCUGAGUCAGUACUCUCGGGGCAGCAUGGAAAGGACCACUCUGGGGAGUUGGAAACACUAAGAGAUGAAUUUCCUCCCUCACCAUCCGAUCAUCAGAGCAUUUUGGUCUCUCUUUCAACAAGAUGUGUGCUGAAGGGAAUUGUAUGUGAGCGUGCUCAUCUCUUCCGAAUUAAAUACUAUGGGAAUUUUGAUAAACCUUUGGGUCGGUUUCUUCGAGACCAUUUGUUUGAUCAGGGCUCACGAUGUAGUUCAUGUGAAAUGCCUUCAGAAGCUCAUGUUCAUUGCUACACUCAUCAACAAGGCAGCCUUACCAUCUCUGUGAAAAAACUUCAAGAAUCCCUUUUGCCAGGCGAGAAGGAAGGAAAGAUAUGGAUGUGGCAUCGUUGUUUACGAUGUCCACGAUCCAACGGUUUUCCUCCUGCUACAAAAAGAGUUGUAAUGUCAGAUGCUGCCUGGGGUUUAUCUUUUGGAAAAUUUUUGGAACUCAGCUUUUCAAACCAUGCUGCUGCAAGCAGAGUUGCUAGCUGUGGCCAUUCCCUUCAUAGAGAUUGUCUUCGGUUUUAUGGGUUUGGGAGGAUGGUUGCAUGUUUUCGGUAUGCUCCCAUCAAUGUCCAUUCUGUUUAUCUUCCACCAUCAAUGCUUGAAUUCAACUAUUACAAGGAGGAGUGGAUACAGAAAGACUUUGAGGAGGUCAGCAGCAUGGCAUAUGUCUUUAUCACCGAGGUUCAGGAUGUGCUGCAUCAUAUUUCAGACAGAAUACAGGAUGAUUCUGGCGAAAAAACCGAUGAAUGUAGAAAACUGAUUACCGAGCUGGAGUUGAUGCUUCAGAAGGAAAUAAAAGAAUUUGAGGAAUCAUUGUGGUAUGUGCUAAAAAAGGAAGUCAAACAUGGUCAGCCAGAUAUGGACAUUCUUGAGAUCAACAGAAUAAAACGACAGCUUGUUUUUCAUGCUUAUGUCUGGGACCAGCGGUUGAUGCAACUUUCAAAAUAUAAAGUUGGUACACUGAAGGAGAAGCCUGCCAAUCUGAGGGAGAAGCGGUCAGAGGUGGAUACGGUUUCAAGGUUCAGCAGAGGGUUCACCAGCUUAGAUUCUUCUUUUGCUAAUAUGAUGCCUUAUUUAAUGCCUAAUGAGGGAGAAGAGAGCAGGAUCACCCGUCCAGAUGAGAUUCAUAAAGGAAUGGAUAUAGAUCAGCCCUCGAGAAAUAAAGAGGAUCCCAACCUUUAUCGGUCUUCUGACAGAAAUUUGAGUAACCAGUCAGACAUCCCAGAAUGUAAUAAAACUGUGCGAAGGGCUCGAUCAGAGGGGCAGUUCCCAGUGAUGGAAAAUACAUUGGAUAAUCUCGAUACUGCAUGGACAGGGAAUCAGCAGUCAGAAGUUGUAUAUUCUGAAGACAGAAAGACCAAUACUCCCAGCACAUUCCUACAAGACUCUUCUGGUGCAUUUUCAACCACUAAUCCUUUACGUUUUGGAUUGCCUGCAAAGGGACCUAAUGAUAUUGAAAAUCCAAAGAGUUGGCUGGGUAUACCUUUUUUGGCUCUGUAUCGGUCACUCUUCAACAAAAAUACUCCAACUACUUUGCAGAGGCUUGGCAAGAUUGCUGAGUAUAAUCCAGCUUAUAUCUCCUCAUUUAGAGAACUGGUACAUCUCGGUGGUGCUCGGCUGCUGCUACCUACAGCUGAUAGUGACAUCGUUGUCCCGAUUUAUGAUGAUGAGCCUACUAGCAUCAUUUCGUAUACUCUGGUGUCACCAGAGUAUCAUAACUUUAUGUCAGCAGAACCAGAUAAACAGAAGAGCUAUUUGCAGUCCUCGUCCUCAUUUUCAUUACUAGAUCCGAUGAAUAUAUUUUCAUUUAGUUCUUUCGAUGAGUCGAGUUCAGAAGCCAUGAAAGGUCCUGGCUCUGCUGAUGAAAGCAUCUUAUCCUCGGGUUCUCGGAGUUUCUCUGGUUUGGACUCUCUUCUUUACCCAAGUACUAUGCAUUCAAGAAUAUCCUUCACUGAUGACGGUCCUCCAGGAAAGGUGAAGUAUACUGUAACUUGUUAUUUUGCUAAGCAGUUUGAGGCCUUGAGGAAAGAUUGCUGUUCAAGUGAGUUGGAUUUUGUCCGCUCUGUUGGUCGCUGUAAGAAGUGGGGUGCACAGGGUGGUAAAAGCAAUGUCUUUUUUGCUAAAACUUUGGAUGACAGAUUUAUAAUCAAACAAGUGACUAAGACGGAGCUUGAGUCAUUUAUAAAGUUUGCACCAUCUUAUUUCAAGUACUUGUCUGAGUCGAUAAGCAUUGGAUGCCCGACAUGCCUGGCUAAGAUCUUAGGCAUUUACCAGGUCACCUCGAAGCAUUUGAAAGGAGGAAAAGAGACAAGAAUGGAUGUUUUGGUGAUGGAGAAUCUUCUAUACAGACGCAAUAUCACACGACUGUAUGACCUCAAAGGUUCUGCUCGAUCAAGAUACAAUCCAGAUUCAAGUGGAAGCAAUAAGGUUUUGCUCGAUCAGAAUCUGAUAGAGGCUAUGCCAACCUCACCUAUUUUCUUGGGAACAAAGGCAAAACGUCUGCUAGAGAGAGCUGUGUGGAACGAUACUGCAUUUCUUGCUUCAAUAGACGUGAUGGACUACUCGCUUCUUGUUGGGGUUGACGAGGAAAAGCACGAGCUGGUGGUUGGGAUAAUCGAUUUCAUGAGGCAAUACACAUGGGACAAGCAUCUGGAGACAUGGGUGAAAGCAUCAGGCAUUCUUGGAGGCCCCAAAAAUGCUUCUCCCACUAUAAUUUCUCCAAUACAGUACAAGAAAAGGUUUAGAAAGGCUAUGUCGGCUUAUUUUCUAAUGGUUCCAGAUCAGUGGCUGUCCUCAACGAUCCUCCCGAGCAGUUCGCAGCGCGAAGAAAACUCGCAAGAUAAGGUCAUCAUACAAUAACACUUUUGGUAUUGAGCUUCAAUUCUGUACCUGUUUGUAGAUCUUGAUGCAGAAAAAAAAGGCUCUUUUCCCAUCACAUUCUUUUUUCUUUUUUUGGAUGUAUAUAGUUUUCAGAAUCUCAGUGUAAGGAGCAAGUGUAAAAUGCAGUGUGUCAAGACAGAACAAUAGUCUUUUCUUUGUUUCUUAAUAAGAUGAUUGUUUUCUGCC